AUGGAGGAGGAUACGCCGGCCUCGCCCGAGCCCGAAUGUCCAGCAUCGCCAGUUGCCGAAGGGGAAAUCCCGCCGGAUCAAAACGAACAAGGUGCCUACCCGCAAAUUCCGCUUGACAAAGUGGUCCGGAGUUGGCAUGGGGAAAAAAGGGCUGGUGUAACGAAAAGGACCGGCCUUUGGAAACCAGUGCACAACAUUCACCGAGGCGAUUCGGAUUGUCGACAAAAUUUCGACAAACACUUCUCUGAAAAUUUGGCCUUGCCGAGGAACAAUCGUCAGGAAGAGUUUACGAAAAUGUUUCGACGUGGAGAAUUGGAUCUUCUGUACAGAAAUCGGCCCGUCUAUGCGAAUUCGACAAGCGAAGUCGUAAAGCUUACGCGAUGUGUCUAUCAGCAGCUUCCACAAUUGAGGUCAUAUGUGUUACAUUUCGUUGGUCGACUGGUUCACGAGGCCUCACACAUCACGUUUAGCAAAAUCGAGCCCCCAGGUGUACAGACGGAUCCCACUAAUUUGAUAAAGGCGGUGAAAGAGCUCUUGCAGCUAUUCGAAACGACGGUUCGUCAAUCAAAAGACAUACCAUUUGUUUUGGACAUCUUACGAGAAAUUUGCAAAAUUUGCUCCGAGCUUUAUGAGAGAAAUGAGAGACGGCCAUCGUUUGGACAAGUAAGAAAUCGAGACCCAGAUUCAGUAAAUGAAGUGUUCAAGAAGUCGGAAGCGGUUUGUCUUUUGCUACGACUACUCGAUUUCUGUUUUGAAUUCUUACUCGCGGAAGAUCGGAUAGAAUUGGGUUUGCUGGCCUUUCUCGAAGCUGAGAACGCCAAUUCAAAUUUUAAAUGGAUGUGGUCGCAUCUCUUAUAUCGCUACACAGGAGUCAUUAGCAAGAAGAUUUUGAUUGUUGGAAUUCUCCAAUUCGAGAAACAAAUGAACAGCACUCUUGAGCACCUCGAGCAGAACAGCAUCGAUUUUAAGCAGCGUUUCGACAUCUUAGUUGAUAUUAUUACAUUUCUCAGCCGUCAACACCGGGAAAUGCGAGAGAUUGUACAAGAAUUGUUCAAAAAAGGAAUGAACGCUAAGGCGAUCAAUGGAAAAUUGGAAGAUCAUUCACUCGUUUUCCUCUUCAAGUUAACUAUUUAUUCAGGAGAUUUGGCUCGAUUCAUUGCAGAAAGUCUCAAGGAUUUUGCUUCACCGGCAAAUGUGAUACUUGGUAUUCAACAACUCAACGGUGUUUCCAGACAGGCGAUGCUCGAUAAUUUCGAUCAUCUGACUUUUCUGCGACAGUUGAUAGGCUCUAUUGAUAUUUCAAUACACGCGCCUCUUUUUUCAACUCUCAUGGAACUUUGCCUUGAUUCAACGAUUUUCUCAGAUGCUAAAAAGCUUGAUGUUAGUUUGAUAAGGAGUAUCAAAGAAGGAGCAUUGAAGGCUUUAGAUGAAAUAAUAAUGCGAUUGGUUCCACUCGCGCACGCAUCAAACAACUUUGAUUCUUCGUUGUUUUUUGAAUAUUCUAAUGGACAUCGAUUGCAAACUUGUAUUGAAGCAAGUCUUUCGAAUCAGACUUGUUCUCCAACUUUGAUUCGCUUCUUUCACGUGUUGACGCUGACCUUUGGUGACCAAAAAGGUGUCGAAAUCAUAUGUCGUUAUAUUUUUACGAUCCGGGAUCCACAACAUUUUCAUCCACUUUGUGCCUUCCUUGCAUCAAUCACGCCCUUUUAUCCAAAUUUGAUGCAGAGUGCCUACGAUGUGCUGAUUGAUAGAAGGGCGAUAAUGGAAAAUGAAAGAAAAGAAAGAGGGGAUUCAAGUUUCGCAACAUCGUUGUUAUGGUUGAUGAACCUUCGAGUGUUGCUGGAGUUUGAACGUAACGCUCAAGAAACAUCAGAUGAAAUGAAAUAUCUCGGACUGCACCCUGGAGUUCACACAGGAAGUUUGAUGAUGGGAAUACUUUCUUGGACAAUCGAACAAAUUGAAGAAGCUAUUGAGAAAGGAAACACUCGCCGAAUAGCUGAUGCAGCAAGUUGCAUUGAACGGUUGAUUUCUGUGCUCGCCCCAGCUGAGGAUAAAAUUCCGUUAAUAAAAUCACCUGGAAAACAGCGUAUAAUCUUGUUCCGCUCCCGUGAUAUCUACAAACUUUCAAUGCAACUAGCCAAAGUUCUACAGCUUGCCUUGUAUUCGUUGAAUUAUGAGCCGGAAAAUAAAACUGGGCACGAUCUUCUGGGAACCUGUGCGACUUUCCGCGAAACAAUAUCAAAGUUCUUUCAUAACCAGAUGAGCCAUUUAUGCUCUUAUUACUUCACAUGGUUUUUGAUGUCAUUCGUUGAGAAUUGUUUGCAGGAAGCGAAGGAGAUGUUCGGAGAAACGAUCGAUUUCGCAACAUGUGUUCCCAGUUCUUUGAAUUCGUAUGCGGCCAUUGUAAUGGAAGACGAAGAAAUUAGUCUUUUUGACAAUGUUGGAAUAUUGGCUGAAAGGAAGAAAGCAAAUCAAUUGGCUCACUCAGGAACCAUCGGAAAGGGUGCACGCAAAGCAAAGCCACCGCUAAAUGAACAUGAGCAUUUGCGAAGACACGUUUUUCUCGAUUAUGUCAAUAUCCUCAUUCGAUCUGCCCCACAGGGGAAGCAAUUGAAAGCGGCGCGCUCAUUGGCUUUAUUACUCGUCGAUCGUUUAUGUGGUGAUGCGGUGAAUGGAAGCUAUAGUUUUGCCGAUUUUGAGGUGGAAAAGGAAAUGAUUAGUAGGUACGUUAAAGUUGGACAACGAAUGGCAACUCCAAUCGGUGAAGGAUUGCUGACGAUCGUCUGUGAUUUUACGCCGUGUCUUAAUUUUGCAACCCCAAUACUGAAGGCGGCCAUUCUUGAGACGAUGGCGCUUCUCGAUGCUUCGUUUGAACGACUUGAGCGUAGACCGACUGAUCAAAUACUUGUGAAAAUCGAUCGAUGGUUUCGAAUUGGAAUCAAGGGUGGCCUGCUCCCUUCGUGUAUGCUCAGUCUGGCCGAAAUCCUUCCCAUUUGUUCGGCACACGAGGCAUUUUUGAUUUUGAACGAAAUAUACAGUUACCUAAAGUUGUCUACCCAUUUUCAAGUGGAAGUGGAGCGGUGUUUUGCUCGGGCGAUGAGCGGAGAAACUCUUCGGAAACCCGAAUUGAUGCGCACAACGAGUCUUCUAGAGCUUUUGGUGGCAAUUUUGCAACGGGAUAUCGCGCACAGAGGCAAAUAUCUACCACUUUUACUCAAGGCUUUUUCGAAGGUAGAGGCGGAUGUGCCCGCGUUUGAAGUGGUCGACGAAAUUCAAGAGCCGGAUCCGGAGAAU